AUGCUGACGCUGCAUUAUGCGGCACUUUUUGAAGAACAGGGGUGGAAGGUUAAUGCCUCGGCUCCGAAUCUGACUGCUACGCAUUUCUCGCGCGGGAUUGGACGACCUGCGUCUGAAUCUGCUGUUAAUAUUGUGCGGUUGGCGACUUUGUCGGUUGAUGGGGAGACUGGGACGUAUUCUGAUGAGAAUGGGACUGUGCCGUGGUAG